CUGUGUCCCAUCUCUUCUUCACUCAUUCGUUGGCUUGAAACAAAACAUCACAAUUUAGCAGCUGCAUGCCAUGCUUUUUUCGAAAAAAAAGCGCCCGUGUUAAUAAUAGUUUUUCCUUUUCUGUUCAUGUGUGAAUGAGGUACUUUUCUGAAUCAUAAUCGCCUUGGCACACAAGCUCACAAAGGACAAGGAGCAGCUCGGAGGGGUUUGGCUUGCAGAUUCAGUACAGCAACAGUAUCAGGUUGGAGCAACAGUGAAAGUGCUGCCAGGCAUCAGUUCAGCUACCAACACAACGCCCCUCUGGGACACAGGACACCCAGGUUUUAGUAGCCCAACAUGUUGCGCUGUGGGUCUGUGCUGUCAUUUGCACGAUGUUUGAUUCGGCGGAAGAUUGUGAACAUGGACAGUCUAGAGGAUUCCAAGCUGUGCCGCUGCCUGUCCACUGUCGACCUGAUCGCCCUGGGUGUGGGGAGCACCCUGGGGGCGGGGGUGUACGUGCUGGCUGGAGAAGUAGCCAAGGGGAACUCGGGGCCCAGCAUCAUCGUCUCCUUCCUGAUCGCUGCACUGGCCUCAGUCAUGGCAGGACUCUGUUACGCAGAAUUUGGUGCCCGCGUGCCAAAAACUGGCUCUGCAUACCUCUACAGUUAUGUAACUGUCGGGGAGCUGUGGGCUUUCAUUACCGGGUGGAACCUAAUCCUGUCAUAUGUGAUAGGUACUUCAAGUGUAGCGAGAGCUUGGAGUGGGACUUUUGAUGAACUCCUUGGUAAACAAAUUGGUCGGUUCUUUAGCACCUACUUACGAAUGAGCUCUCCUGGGCUAGCUGAAUAUCCAGAUUUCUUUGCAGUGUGUCUGAUACUGUUAUUAUCAGGUCUGCUGUCUUUUGGUGUGAAGGAGUCUGCUUCAGUCAACAAAGUAUUCACAGCUGUUAAUGUGCUAGUUCUUGUGUUUGUCAUUAUCGCUGGCUUUGUGAAAGGAGAUUCAGAGAACUGGAAAAUAACAGAAGGUGCUCUCAUAAAUUUUACUGCAGUGACAAGAAACCUGUCGUUGGCAGAUAAUGUCACCAGUGCAUAUGGUGUUGGUGGUUUCAUGCCCUUUGGUUUUGGAGGAACGCUGGCUGGAGCUGCUACCUGCUUCUAUGCGUUUGUUGGGUUUGACUGCAUCGCAACAACAGGUGAAGAGGUGAAGAACCCUCAGAAAGCGAUUCCUAUUGGGAUUGUCACCUCCCUGCUUGUCUGCUUCCUGGCCUAUUUCGGGGUCUCUGCAGCACUGACUCUUAUGAUGCCAUACUACCUCCUGGAUGAGAAGAGCCCUCUCCCUGUUGCUUUCGAGUAUGUUGGCUGGGGUCCUGCAAAGUAUGUGGUGGCAGUGGGAUCCCUCUGUGCUUUAUCAACCAGUCUGCUCGGUUCCAUUUUCCCAAUGCCUCGUGUUAUCUAUGCUAUGGCAGAGGAUGGGGUGCUUUUCAAAGUGUUAGCCCGAAUCAAUCCUAAGACAAAGACCCCAGUAAUUGCAACAAUGGCCUCCGGUGUCAUCGCAGCUGUGAUGGCAUUCCUAUUUGACCUGAAAGCCCUCGUUGACAUGAUGUCUAUUGGAACCCUUUUGGCUUAUUCCCUGGUAGCAGCCUGUGUGCUCAUCCUCAGGUAUCAGCCUGAUGGAUCUUGUGAAAAGCCUAGCCGCAAACCUGAGAGAGAGAAUCUCACUUCAGAAGACCGCGAAACAGAAUUGACAGAGUCAGAAUCCCAACUGGCCAUGCUUAAAGAAGGAGGAUUUACUCUGCAGGAUGUGCUCAACCCCUCCAUGCUGCCGACAGAGCAGUCCUCCUCUGUGGUGAACAUUGCUGUCGGCGUCAUAACUUUCGUAGUAUGUAUUGUGAGCACACUCACCACGUAUAAGGGGGAAGCUGUGCUCGCUAUGGAGUCUUGGAUCCUUGGCCUACUUGCUGUGUGCCUGAUGGUGUUUAUUGUGUGUCUCUUCAUUGUCUGGAGGCAACCUCAGACUCGCAAAAAAGUGUCUUUCAUGGUUCCCAUGUUGCCAUUUUUACCAGUUCUGAGUGUCUUUGUCAAUGUUUACCUGAUGGUUCAGCUAAGUGGGGACACCUGGAUCCGCUUUGCAGUUUGGAUGGCUGUUGGCUUCCUGAUUUACUUUGGCUAUGGUAUCAGGCACAGUUUGGAAGGCCAACGGGAUGAAGACGAUGAUUCAGUGCACAGAGAAAUGGCAAAUAAGAACUCGUCUGAGGGAGCAGAGGACGAUGUCAAUGCAGAUGAGAACAACCACUUCAUUAUCCAUGAAAAAACAAGCGAAUGUUAAGCCUGAGCAGCCAGCUGCAGACCGAGUCACAGCCCUGAGAAUGUAUCUUCUGUUAGUGGCAGUACACCUGGGCAUAACAUGAAUUGUCAGUGUUCAUCUGCUUUUAGCAGACAUUUUUUUAACCUAUAUUUACAUACGUUCUGCAUAUUUUUGUAGUUUGUCGAUGUGUACCUGAAUCAGGUGGCAACCUUUCAUGCCAGAGUGCUGAAGUUCAGUGGAUCAGGGUCGACCCAUGCCUUCAGAAAAAGAAGGAGCCAAGAAUAAAACUUCAGUAGAAAAUGGAGGUCAUCCCUGACCGAUUUCUUCUGUAUAAGUGCCUACGAAAAAAGAAGAAAUAAAGGUGCAGGAGAAGGUGUAUUGACAUCUUUACCAAUAAAGUGUUGCCGGGGCUGGGUCUCUGUGUUGUCGAAAGGUGAAAUCAUAGUUGGAAUCAUUGGAAAAUUGAGGGUGAAAAGUUUUUAUAUUAAUGGUUGUAAACAACUGUUAAUAUUUGUAAUCAUUUAAAAACAAGACUGUUGUCCAGAAGAAAUUAACAAAAGAGUGGUCAUGUGCUUUGGUGGUACACAUUGUAAUAAGUCAUAUGCAUAACAAGUAAAACCAAAAUCCAAGUGGCGGUAAGUCUUGCACACAUUCACAAGUAUCUACAUACAGUACUGCAUGCAUACUGGAACUUUUUUUUGAAUGCAUACUUCUAAUUUUUUUUUUAUUUGUGCCAUAAAGGUCAUUAUCAAAAACAAAGCAGCAAUGCAUAACAUUGUUUUAAAAAUGGAUAGGUGUUUUUUGGAAGAGUUAUUGGUCACAGAAGUGCAACGUAUGUAAUGCCAUAACUGUAUUGUAACAUUAGUAUUAUUACAUCUGUGUUUCUAAGACCACUGUAUUUAGGUAUCAGCGGAGCUACAAUAUAACUGAUCAUGGAAUUGAAAUACUACAUUUCAACAUGACUUUUUGUUUUUUAUGCAACCUGAUCAGGCAUGUAGAUAUUAUGUUGAAGCUUAACAAAUAACCAAAUAGGUUAUGUGAUGUUCAUGACCAAUAGAUUAGUGAAAUGAUUAGAUAUUGCAUAUCUGGAGAAUACUACAUGACUAACUGUAAAUACUAAAGAUGUAAUUAUAAAAGUGUCACCCAUACUGGUGCAAAGAACCAGAAGUGUUGAGCUUAAUAUGCACCUCUAUAGAAAAAAAAGUAUCUGUAUUGUGUAUUCUGUAUUGUAUAUUUUCAUUUUUAUGGAGUUGUAAUAUUUGUUCUCUUUCAAUCUCAAAAUGUCAACCAUUACGAGUUGGGAAAUGACCUGAAAUGAAAUGACCUGAAAUGAAAUGUCACAUGACCUAAGCACAUGUUUAAAAAGCUGCCUGUUGCAUUGUGGAACAAAACCUUUGCUGUUUGAUUCCUUGCUCCAUCCUGAGCAGACGUGUCUCCACUUGCUGUUUUCGUGAGAAUCUCUUUCUCUUCGAGACUCGCGUCUCGCGUUAUUACCUCGCGUAAUCCU